AUGGCUGAGAUCUCGGCCUCGGCCUCCGCGUCAUGUCAUCAUCAACAUCAUCAUCAUCCGCUACGAGCUACCUCCCAAGCUAAGGCGCUUUCACCACAAGCCACGCGGGCAUUCACACGCUCUGCGGGAAUCAUCAGCCGCUAUGGUUCAUCACAGCUCGGAGGGCAAAAGUCCCAAAUCCCCUGCUCACAGCGCAUGUAUACCACCCCAGCAGGAGGAACAUCCCCCAACAACCUAGGCGACCGCUGCGGCGUGGAAUCCACCACAACAGGUGAACCCACCAUCCACGCGAUCUUCGAAGAAAACACCAGCACAUGGCAAUACAUCGUGUCAGACCCGGCAUCCUCCGCCGCAGUGAUCAUCGACCCAGUCCUCGACUACGACCGCGCCACGCAAACAAUCACCACAGACAGCGCAGACGCCCUGCUGCAGAAGGUGCGCGACUGCGGCUACAAGAUCGAGAUGAUUCUUGAAACGCAUGCCCAUGCGGACCAUCUCACUGCUGCGUCGUAUUUGCAGAAUCGGCUGGCGCAUCUGCAGCAUGGUCUGAAGCCGCCGAUUGGGAUUGGGAAGCGCAUCGUGCAGGUGCAGAAUCUGUUUGGGGCGCGGUAUGGGGUGCCGGUUGAGGAGUAUAAGGGGGUGUUUGGGAAGCUGUUUGAGGAUGAUGAGGUUUUUCACAUUGGGGAGUUAAAAGCUACGACUGUGCAUUUGCCGGGGCAUACGCCUGAUCAUCUUGGGUAUCGGAUUGGAGAAAACAUCUUCUGCGGCGACUCCAUCUUCCACGCCGACAUCGGCACCGCCCGCUGCGACUUCCCCGGCGGCAGCGCGCACGCGCUCUUCCAAUCCUGCCGCAAACUCCUCCGCCUCCCCGACAGCGUCAAGAUCUGGACCGGCCACGACUACCCGCCCGAAGACCGCCCGCGGCCCUGUCCCUGGAUGACGGUCGCAGAGCACAGACGCCUCAACAGACACCUGCGCGACGGGACCGGCGAGGACGAGUAUAUUGCGCUGAGGGAGGAGCGCGAUGCGCAGCUGCCGGCGCCGAAGCUGCUGCAUCAGUCGCUGCAGUUUAAUAUAAGGGCGGGGAGGUUGCCCGCGCCUACGAAGGCGGGCUUUAGGUUGUUGCAUUUGCCGUUGAGGUUGGAUGAGGUUGAGGAGUGGUAG